AGACGUGCUUGUUGAGGCGAGAUGGCUGAUUACUCUACAGUUCCACCACCCAAUUCCGGAGCCGGUGUGAACGAUGCCUUUAAAGACGCACUUCAGAGAGCGAGACAGAUUGCUGCUAAAAUUGGAGGUGAUACCGGAACAACGAUAAAUUCAAACGACUAUGGAUUUGGUGGGCAGAAGAGGCCACUUGAUGAUGGAGAUCAACCAGAGGCCAAAAAAGUUGCUCCUCCAAAUGAUUCUUUUACUCCAUCAAUGCCUCCGAUGCACCAGCAGCAAAGGUCUGUCGUUACAGAGGAAUACAAGGUUCCAGAUGGAAUGGUGGGAUUCAUUAUUGGCAGAGGAGGCGAACAGAUUUCUCGCAUUCAGCAGGAGUCUGGCUGCAAAAUACAAAUUGCUCCAGAUAGUGGAGGCAUGCCCGAUAGGUCUUGUAUGCUUACUGGAUCCCCUGAUUCUGUUCAAGCUGCAAAAAGGUUACUCGACCAGAUUGUUGAAAAAGGAAGACCAACUCCUGGGUUUCAUCAUGGAGAGGGUUCAGGAAAUGCCGUCCAAGAAAUAAUGAUUCCUGCCAGUAAAGCUGGAUUAGUAAUUGGAAAGGGAGGAGAAACCAUUAAGCAACUCCAGGAAAGAGCUGGCGUUAAGAUGGUCAUGAUCCAAGAUGGACCCCAAAACACAGGAGCUGACAAGCCUUUAAGAAUUGCAGGGGAUCCAUACAAAGUACAGCAAGCAAAGGAAAUGGUGUUAGAAUUGAUUCGCGAUCAAGGAGGUUUCAGAGAAAUUCGGAAUGAGUAUGGCUCAAGAAUAGGAGGAAAUGAAGGGAUAGAUGUUCCUAUACCACGAUUUGCUGUUGGAAUUGUGAUAGGCAGAAAUGGCGAAAUGAUUAAGAAAAUACAGAAUGAUGCAGGUGUUAGAAUACAGUUCAAACCAGAUGACGGAUCUACUCCAGAAAGGAUUGCACAAAUUACUGGCCCCCAAGACAGAUGUCAACAUGCUGCUGAAAUUAUAAAUGACCUGCUGCGUAGUGUUCAGUCAGGAAAUGCUGGUGGACCAGGGCCUGGUGGCAGAGGAAGAGGCAGAGGGCAAGGAAACUGGAAUAUGGGACCUCCAGGUGGUUUACAGGAAUUCAACUUUGUUGUUCCCACAGUGAAAACAGGCCUUAUAAUUGGAAAAGGUGGGGAAACAAUUAAAAAUAUAAGCCAGCAGUCUGGGGCUCGGAUAGAGCUGCAGCGGAAUCCCCCACCAAAUGCGGAUCCCAAUGUAAAGUUAUUUACUAUCCGUGGAUCUCCACAACAGAUAGACUAUGCCCGGCAGCUGGUUGAAGAAAAGAUAGGCGGUCCUGUAAAUCCCUUGGGGCCCCCGGUUCCUCAUGGUCCACCUGGUGUUCCAGGACCUCAUGGCCCACCAGGUCCUCCUGGCCCUGGUGCUCCUAUGGGACCUUACAAUCCACCACCUUAUAAUCCUGGCCCUCCAGGACCUGCACCACAUGGACCCCCUGCUCCAUAUACUCCUCAAGGAUGGGGCAAUACUUAUCCACACUGGCAGCAACCAAGCCAGCCAGACCCAAGUAAAGCAGCUACAGACCCUAAUUCUGCAGCAUGGGCAGCUUAUUAUGCACACUAUUAUCAGCAGCAAGCACCCCAACCACCCGCAGCUCCAAAUGCUGCACCAACUACAACACAAACUAACGGGCAAGCUGAACCUCCAGCUGCUGCACCCCCAGCUGGGCAAGUGGAUUACACAAAGGCUUGGGAGGAGUAUUACAAGAAAAUAGGUCAGCAAGGGCCACCACAAGAUUAUACAAAAGCAUGGGAAGAAUAUUACAAAAAACAAGGGCAAACCGUUCCAACUCCAGGAGCUGCACCGCCUGCAGGACAACCAGAUUACAGUGCAGCCUGGGCAGAGUAUUACCGACAGCAAGCAGCAUAUUAUGCUCAAACAAGUCCACAAGGGAUGCCACAACAUCCGCCAGCACCACAGGGCCAAUAAUGCGAAGUGGACAGUACAGUAUUUGCUUCAUUGUGUUGGGGAAAACCUUUGUUAAAUAUAUGGAUGCAGACGCCUUGAUGAAGAUCUUAAUUUUUUGUUUCGGUUUAAAAUUGUUUUGAAAAAAAUGUACAAAACUAUCACUACUGACUGAUAGGAGGCUAUAUUUCUGUGUAGAAAUGAAAACUGGUUUGUUUUUAGUAUAUUAGUGUAGAUGUACACAUUCCAGCAAAUGUAUUUGCAACUAUGUGGUCAAUGCUUUGUCAUACAAAUGUACUUUUUCAAUGUAUACUUUAUGACUUUUAAAAUGCCUGUUUUGUGCUUUACAAUAAAUAAUAUGAAACCUCCUGUGUCGGUAAGUUGGAUAUGUGAGUAUUUAAACUAUCAUUUGUUUGUUUUUUUUUUAUUUGACGGGGGGAGGGAUAUCUGUUCAAUUUUAUUACUGCUUUGAAGAAAAGUAGAUUGCCAGUUUUUAAGCUCUUACUUGACAGAUUUUACUCAGUUUAAUUUUCAAGAACUUGUUUUAAUAGGGACCUGUGACAGAUUGUUGUAUACCCAUCAGUAGUGGAUGCUUUUUGUUUUGUUGCAUGUAUAAAUUGGACUGCAGUCCUUAUUUUUUCUCCCACUGAGUAAAGUUUUUGUAUAUGACCACUUUUCAGAACUGUAGGGCUGUGCUCUUCUGCCUCCAAACAUUUUGUUGUUGUUUUUUUUUAUACUUUAUCUGCAUAAACAAUAUUUUCAGAAAGUUUGUAUUGACGUUAUUUGCAUAUUCUUUUGGAAGAUAACCUUUCUGUAGUAACAUUGUUUUGCUGCUGGUUAUGCUGAAUAAUUAGCUAUUAGAAUUUUCUGAAUGUUGAAAAUGAACGUUAAUACAGUCAGCUUUAAAAUCUGAAUACUAAAAAUUUCAAAAGUAUUAAUAACCGUUUAUCACCUCAGUCAAAUUAUAAUUUUUUUACAAAUAAACUUUGAUUUCAAUGUCCA